GUCGGGGAAUGACGUCACCGGACUGCCACAUGACUCUGCUGGUUUUGCGCCUUGGUUCGGCUUCUCCCGCUGCUGGGACCUCUUUGCCAUGCCUGCAGGAGUGUCUUGGCCUCGCUACCUGAAAAUGUUCACUGCAAGUAUGUUAGCUAUGUUUGCUGGUGCAGAAGUUGUCCAUAGGUAUUACAGGCCUGAUCUUACAAUACCUGAAAUUCCUCCCAAACCUGGAGAACUCAGAACAGAACUUUUAGGUCUAAAAAAAGGAAAUGACAAAGCUCAGCCUUCGCAACAGUGACCAUAUCAUCCCUCCAAGAACUGCUCUUUAAUGUUAUUUAUGAUUGAACUUCUAAAAAAUAAUAUAGUGGCUCUGGCAACAUAAUAUUCAACUACAUUUAUUUCAUUUUGUUUCAUAUUGUGUGCUUGGUUGUACAUAUGCCAGAUCUUGCCAUGUCUGUAGCCGCUUUAGCACAAAAGAACCAUUAUUCUACUCUAAUCCACUGUUAUAAACUUCCACUCAGAGCUCAUUUUGAGGGGGAACGUGCAGGAACACAGUUCCGGUAGUUCUCCAGAGGUCACAUGUCAGGUGGCCCUGCUCACCUGAUUUUUGGCCAUUUUGGGCCUGUUUUGGGCCCCAAAUGGCCAGGAUUGGGCCUAAAAUAGCCAGGAUUAGGCCUCUUAUGGGUAGUGGAUCACUCUCCUGCUCAGCAGCAGCCCAAUUCUGACCAUUUUGAGCCCCUUUCAUCCAUUUUCAGCCCUUUUGCCAUUUUGGGCCCAAUUUCUGCCCUGAAUGGCCAGGAUAGGUGAGGUCAGGGGUGUGGCAUAUGCAAAUCAGUUAUGCUAAUGACACUUCUGGUGAUGGCAAGGGGUAUGGCAUAUGCUAAUGAGUUGUGCUAAUGAGUUCCUGCAGCUCUUUUUCUAUGAAAUGACCCUUGCUUUCAAUGUUGAUUAGUCAUGAUCUCUAAGGAACUGCUUGGCAAAUUUUCUUUAGUUUCCUUAAAACACCUCUUUCUGGAUUGUGUUUUGGGAGCUUCCCAUGGAAUAUUAGUGUAGCAGUAUGUCACAAAUACUGCUAGUCCAGACUCCAAUGUUCAAGUAAAUGGGCAGUUAUACUGUAACUAUUUCACAUUUAAGAUUUUAAAAAAUGUUUGUGGUUAAGUUUUGUAAAUGGGCAAUUCAACAUUCUUCUGGAUUGCUGUGAAGAAGUUAAAUGAUUAUGUAGAAGUUCCUCUUGGCUAAGCUGCUACAUACCUUCAGGUGGGUGGGAAGUGUGUGGUAGGCCUUUUUUGUGCCAUCUUGCCACAUCCAGGACCCACAAAAAAACGGGGCAUUGGAAGGAAGGGGAAGCAUCUCUACCAUGUUCUACAAUGGUGCUGCCUUCCUGACUGCUUACUGUGGCCAUAAGUACCAAGCCUGAGCGUCUGCCAUCUUUAACAAUGCAGAGGAUCUUCCCACCAAAAUCAACUGCUCCUAAAGAGGCAUCCUCUGAAGCACAAAUUGUGCAACAUGCAUGUCUCAUUGCUUUUGCUUGUCUUCCUUUGGCUGCUUUUCUACAGGUCUGUGCAUGCUUGACUGCCCCAAAGAGCAGUCCCUUCCUCUUUGUUUUUGGGUAGUGAAGGGGGUCCUCUUCCUCAGAAAUUAAGCCAGACUUCAUUGAAAUUAAAUUAAAAUUCAUUGAAAUUCCAUUGCCUUGGACAGGUGCUCUCACAAAGCAGAGAAUAGGCAAAACAGAUGAGAGGUACAGGAACUAGAAAUUAUUCAUUAUUGUAAAUCAAUCGCUAACUCAGGGCACCUUCCCCCAGCCGCUCAACCAGGCAGUUACUAGUCCGCUAAUUAAGAAACCGUACCUAGACAAAACUGAUGUGGCCAAUUAUCACCCAGUUUCUGAUCUGCCCUUUCUGGGCAAAGUGAUUGAGAGAGCAGUAGCUGACCAACUCCAGUCCUUGGAUAACACUAGCAUUCUGGACCCUUUCCAGUCAGAUUUCAGACCAGGGCAUGGGACAGGGACAGCACUAGGGAUGAUCUCUGCCUGAAUAUAGUCAAAAGCCAUGCUUCCUUAUUGCUCCUCCUGGAUCUGUCUGCAGCCUUUGACACAGUAGACCAUGCCAACCUGUUGAGGCAUCUAGAAACAAAAGUGGGCAUCAAAGGAUGUGCCCUGGACUGGUUUAAAUCUUUUCUCAUGGAAUGGACUCAAAGGGUUGCCAUCGGAGAUCAGCUAUCUCCAGAAUGGGAACUAUCUUGUGGGGUUCCACAGGGCGCAAUCUUAUCUCUCAUGUUAUUCAACCUCUACGUAAAACCUUUAGAAGAACUCAUUCGCAGCUAUGGGGUUGGGUGUCAUCAAUAUGUGGACGACACCCAACACUAUCUCGCUAUCCAGGUCCCCGCAGGAUGCAGUCGAAAGAUCACUGCCUGACAGCUGUGGUGAAAUGGCUGAAAAAUAAAUUGAAAUUAAACCCAGACAAGACUGAAGUGAUACUUGUUGGGAAGUCAGAUAUUCUGAAAGACAUUGUAUUCCCCACAUUUGAUGGAGUUUGUUUGACCCUCGAUGACUCGGUUAAGAGCCUAGGGGUUAUACUAGAUCCAGCGCUACUACUAGAAAAACAAGGCAGAUGCAAAAAAUGCUUUCUACAAUCUCACUCUAGCCUGGAAGAUGGCUUCUUAUUUUGACACAGCCGACCUGGCCACCUGGAUCCAUGCUAUGGUAACAUCAAAACUUGACUAUUGUAAUGCACUAUAUAUAUUGGUCUUCCAUCUAAGUUAACUAGGAGGUUCCAAUUGGUGCAAAAUGCUGCAGCUCGACUGUUAGCAGGUGCAAGCAGGAGCAUGAACAUCACUUCAAUCCUGCAGUCACUCAAUUGGCUACCUAUCAGCUACUGUGCUCAAUUCAAGGUAUUAUUACAUAGAAAGCUCUUCAUGGCCUUGGCCAGACCUACCUGUGGGACUGCCUCCCUCCCUAUGCCCCCCCCCCACGGCAGCUUCACUCAUCCAAACAGUCUCUUGGAGCUGCCAGCCUGUACAUGGGCCUUCUCUGUCGUGGCCCCUACCCUAUAGAACAGCCUGCCUGAGGAGGUCAGCUCUCAUGCUCUUGGCUUUCUACAAACAAUGCAAAACUAUUCAAAAAGGCUUUUUUACUCAAGAGGGCGGUAUUGUAGGGAGGGGGUCUCAUGUUUCGCCAAUGAAUUAGGAACCAUGGGUUCCACCACUAUGUUGUUUUACAUAUUAUCUGUUGCUUUGAAUAUGUAUGUACUGCUUGUGCUUCAUGUUUAAUGUCAAUCCUAGAAUGGAUUAUGUUCUGUUUCAGCAAUCCUUCAACCCUGUAUUGGAUCCUUGCUAAUGCUAUGUCUCUGUAAACUUGUAUUAGUCUACCCUAUGACAUUGUUUAUGGAAAUGUCCUUGAAACUGUAUGGAAAUGCCUACCCUUGCUACUGAUUGUACUGAUCUCACACUGUGAUCCAUCUUAAGUCUCAGUGAGAAAGGCGGACUAUAAAUGACAAAAUAAAAUUCUUAGUAUUAAAGGUUCUAAUGGA